AUGUCUCUCGAGGAUUUAUACAAAGACCUAGCUAUAAGCAAAGAGGAAGGUGCACUAAACACCACCCCUCUCCCUGCUUUCAACUUUCCCGAACUUCCGGAGGCUAUCACUACGGCUCAUGACAAGGCAAACUGGAAAACCUUGGGCGAGAUCCUCAACAAAUGCAACGGACAUGUCGCGACUUUGGAUGGGAUCGUCAAUGAUCUGGUGUCCGCCAGUGAAAAUUUUCGCUAUAUUGGUGACUCUGUCAGGUGGAUGAAGACUGAGCUGGAACGCAUGUGCGAGAUGCCACCAUUGGCUGCUGAGGAGAGCGAGACCUCUUCGGAGUCAGAAGAAGAAUCCGAGGAAGAGAUCAAGCCUGUAAAUGAUGACAAUUCUAGUACCCUAAGUAACGAUAACGCCGCCUCGGACGCCAGUUCAGUUGAAUCAAGAGCAUCAGAGACAGAACGCAUGUUCUGCCCUUCAGAAAUGUACGAUUGGUCGGAAAUUGAGGAAGAUGUCCAUAUGCUACAAGAUAUCAUCAUCAUGAACCCCCUGAUGGCCAUUUAUGAGAUUCUUGAUAUGAAGACUACAUCUGAGUCUGACUUUGACGACUUAUUCGCUCAGCCGAUUAUAGCAAACUGGGACGGAGAGAUGGUGGAGACUCUGCUCGAAGCCCUAGGAUUUCUAGCUCAGCUAUUGUUGAAAACAUUUGAGCCCAACAUAGCCAGACCGCCGGUGAGCGUUGAGAGGGUCGGAGGGACGAGACAGGAAAGCACUGGUACCGAAUCAGCACGACCAUACCCAAGCCCAAAGAUGACCGAUGCGCAUGAAAUUCGAAUUCUUGAGCUGCUACCUGGUUUGAAGGAUGAACCAAUACAAGGCUUACUCACCAUCGAGCAUCUGUGGGACGACCCUCGAUAUGAAGCUUUAUCAUAUGCGUGGGGAACCUCCACUACAACAAGGCCAAUUAAGUUGAACAAGACAGAGUUUGAUAUCACCCCCAACCUCGAGACAGCACUUCUUCAUCUAAGAGACGAGAAAGAAUCACGACGUCUAUGGAUCGAUGCCUUGUGUAUCAAUCAAAGCGAUCCAAUUGAGAAGCAAGCCCAAGUCAAACUGAUGAGCGACAUUUACCCUGCGGCGGAGAAUGUGCUGUGCUGGCUUGGCCCUGAAGCAGACGACAGUGACUUGGUCUUUCAACGACUACAAGAAUUAGCCGAGUUCAAGAAGGCUUCUGGGUCAGAUUCUGACGACGAAAAUGACUCUGAUUCGGAUGAGCAAUCUGAUGCUGAAGUCUGGUUCGAAAAGCAAAGCUUCCUAAGCGCUUUAUUCAAGCUUCUAUCUAGAGCCUGGUGGUCUCGCCUGUGGACUUGCCAAGAGUUCGCCCUCACGCUGCGUGAUCCACAAAUUAUUUGUGGGGAAAAAACCAUGCCCUGGUCUCUGUUCCGUCUUGCAGCAAGACAACAAGCGCUGCGGAUGGCUAAUCCGAUGAUGCUCCAGGGUAAAACUGGAAUGACCGAACUUGAUCCGACUACUUUCUGGGAGACGUAUGAGAUAUUGUAUGGAUUCUUAGCAGCCUGCAUCCUCCGUAAUAGUAGUGGAUUUGCCGGCUUGCCCAGAACAUCGCUAUUCCAUCCCCUCUAUGCAAUGACCAUUCUCACGCGACGAUAUCGAUGUCUAGACAGUCGGGAUAAUCUCUUCGGACUAUUGAGUUUCCUACUGGAGCCUCAUCGAGCGCUGCUCCCUCCAAAUUAUCUACAACCGGCAGAAACCGUCAAUACCAAAUUCAGUGCGGCAGCACUAGCAGUCUCGAGAUCCGGUCGUCUGUAUAGCUACCUAUCGGUGGGGAGCCACUCUUGCGGGAAACUUCCUUCUUGGGUAUUUGACCUGUCUUCUCGCAUUGUAGAUGGAGAAUUCAAUCCAUCUACUAUGCUUAUGCCUCGUGGCAAAGAUCAUUUCUUCAGCGCUUCCAAAAGACGCAAGGCACAAUGUAUCCCACUCGGACCAAGAUUGAUGAUACGCGGUGUGCUGGUAGAUCUGAUCGAGUCAGUGUCAAAUGUCAAUGAUGGACAGGCCGUCAAUCCAGCCAGCAUGUACUCCAAUCUUAUCAAAUUUCGGGCUUUGGCUGCGAGGAAAAGUGUUAUGGAUAUCCCUCCUGGCCAUCCAGUCUUCAAGUUCAAGAACCUGCGAGCAGCAGAUCCUAUCACCGACGUCACAACCUGCGGAAUGUGUAGCGAAGAAGACUUUCAUAGUGCUUUUAGAAGAUGGAUUCCUUCUGGCAAAGCUGAUGGCGUUCCUCCAAAUGCUGCAGAGUCGCAAAAAAACCCGCCUUCAUCCUCAUCUUCAUCGGCUCCAUCGUCUUCGUCUGUAGAGAGUAAAGAGACUGAAGAGAACAUUCAAUUAAUCCUCUAUUCUAUCGUGGGUCGGAAACUGCUCAUCACGCGCUCUGGCUUUUUCGGCAUCGGUGUGAAGGAGAUCCGGGCUGGAGACAUACUGGUUGUCCUCUUUGGCUUCGAUGUUCCAAUGGUAUUGAGAGAUUGCGGUGGCUACUUCUCGAUGGUGGGAGCGGCUCGAGUGGGUGGAAUCAUGGAGGGAAAACUCAUGGAGUUUGUGGAAGAUGGAACUUUGCAAGAAAGGACUUUCCUUAUCAGGCCAUAA